GGCCCCGCCUAAGGGGAAGGCUUCAGGGCGGUUUGAAAGCCUGGCGCGCUCCGCGAGAGGCGCGGUUCGGCCUGCGGUUAGGAUGUCGGUGUUGAGGCCACUGGACAAGCUACCUAAGCUGAACACGGCCACCAUCUUGCUGGUGAGCACGGAGGAUGCUCUUCUGCAGCAGCUGGCGGACUCGAUGCUCCGGGAGGAUUGCGCCUCCCAGCUGAAUGUCCACUUGGCAAAGUCCCUCCCUCUGCCCUCCAAUGUGACUCGGCCCCGAAUUGACCUGAUUGUGUUCGUAGUGAACCUUCACAGCAAAUACAGCCUCCAGAAUGUCGAGGAGUCCCUGCGCCACGUGGAUGCCAGCUUCUUCCUGGGGAAGGUGUGCUUCCUGGCCACAGGCGCUGGACAGGAGAGUCGCUGCAGCAUCCACCACAACACCGUCGUGACGCUGGCCCACACCUACCGCAGCCCUCUGCUCUUCUGUGACCUGAAGAUGGAAGACUUCCGGGUCACCAUGGCACAGCGCCUGGUGCGGAUGCUGCAGAUCUGCGCCGGCCACACGCCUGGCAUCUCGGCCCUGAGCCUGCUGUCCCUGCUGCAGAGCCCUGAGAGUCCCUCCCUGGAGGACCUGUGAGGCCACCAAGCAGGCUGCCCUCCCCACGACUCAGUGUCUAGGCAGCUCGAGAAACACUUAGCCGUGGUGGAGCCCAUGGCAGGGUCUGGCAGGCCUGGGGCAGCCAGUCCCCUGGUUUUCCAGAUGCCCCGCAGGGCGGGCUCCUCUGAGCUGUGGCAGGGAGGGGAGAACAGGAGGAAGGAGCCCAGCUGGCAGCGCCAUCCCCCCCACUGCCCCCACUCCAGCAGAGCCCGUGUCUUUACCCGCCUGACAUGUUACGCUUCCACUUAAGAUUUCACUCGAACAAAGGGUCUGUGGCUAAAAACAGUUUGAAAAUCACUGGUCUCCUCCACCGCUUUGAUUUUGCAGAUGAGGAAACUGACUCAGAGCAAUUAAGAGCGGGAUGGGGUGGAGGAGCUUGGACUGCACCAGCCCCAUCUGCCUGCGCGGCCUGGCCCUGCUAUUUCUGUGACUCCUGGUUGUUGGCUCUCACAGCCUCAGUCUCCCCAUGUGUAAAACGGAGAUUGUUCUGCUUACCUUGUCAGGUUGUGAGGAUUGGAUGAAAUGAUAGAGGCGAUGUGCCUAGGACUGUGUUACUCCCUGUGCUCAUUUGUAUGCCUGCUCUGUUCUGUAAUUUCAUAAUAAACCUUGUUAA